AAGCGAAGCUUUCUCUUCCGGAACGAUCUUCUCGGCGACCGCGCGUGGUUGCGUUGCCCGGGCUUGAGCCGGUGUUGGCAGAAACGUAAUUUGAACUGUCUACCCGGAGCGAGUGAGCCCAGGGAGAGCCAUGGAGGGCCAGAGUGUGGAGGAACUGCUGGCAAAGGCAGAGCGGGACGAGGCAGAGAAGCUGCAGCGCAUUACGGUGCACAAGGAGCUGGAGCUGGAGUUCGACCUGGGUAACCUGCUGGCCUCAGACCGGAACCCCCCGACUGGGCUGCGGCGCGCGGGACCCACGCCGGAGGCUGAGCUGCAGGCCCUGGCGCGGGACAACACGCAGCUGCUCAUCAACCAGCUGUGGCAGCUGCCCACGGAGCGCGUGGAGGAGGCGCUGGUGGCUCGGCUGCCGGAACCCACCACUCGUCUGCCGCGCGAGAAGCCCGUGCCUCGGCCGCGGCCGCUUACACGCUGGCAGCAGUUCGCGCGUCUCAAGGGCAUCCGUCCCAAGAAGAAGACUAAUCUGGUGUGGGACGAGGUGAGUGGCCAGUGGCGACGCCGGUGGGGCUACCAGCGCGCCCGCGAUGACACCAAGGAAUGGUUGAUCGAGGUACCCGGUGGUGCCGACCCCUUAGAGGACCAGUUCGCCAAGCGGAUCCAGGCUAAGAAGGAACGGGUGGCCAAGAAUGAGUUGAACCGGCUGCGUAACCUGGCUCGCGCGCACAAGAUGCAGCUGCCCAGCGCGGCUGGCAUGCACCCUACGGGACACCAGAGUAAGGAAGAAUUGGGCCGCGCCAUGCAGGUGGCCAAGGUCUCCACCGCCUCUGUGGGGCGUUUCCAGGAGCGCUUGCCCAAGGAGAAGGCCCCCCGGGGCUCCGGCAAGAAGAGGAAGUUUCAGCCCCUUUUCGGGGACUUUGCAGCAGAGAAAAAGAGCCAGUUGGAGCUGCUGCGGGUGAUGAACAGCAAAAAGCCUCAGCUGGACGUGACUAGAGCCACCAAUAAACAGAUGAGGGAGGAGGACCAGGAGGAGGCUGCCAAGAGGAGGAAAAUGAGCCAGAAGGGCAAGAGAAAGGGGGGCCGACAGGGUCCUGGGGGCAAAAGGAAAGGUACCCCGCCCAGCCAGGGAGGGAAGAGGAAAGGGGCCUUCGGAGGCAAGAUGAAUUCUGGACCGCCUCGCUUGGGCGGGAAGAGGAAAGGAGGACAACACCAAGGAGGAAAGAGAAGGAAAUAAUUUUCACCCUCGAACCCUUCUGUAAAUCAAGAACUAUACUAAAUGUUAAGUUUUAGUUAACGAGGGGGGUGGGGAAGGAUGUUGCAGCAGGUGGCCGCUGCCUUCACUGAGCUUGAGCUUGAAGGAUAGACUGCUCUCCCCCCAAUACAGUAUGAAAUGUUGGACUCUUCAAAUUAAUGUUUUUCCCACAACCCAGAAUUUGGCUGGAGAUUAAAGUAUGUAUCUGAGGACAUAAGAAUCCGGGAAAGAAUUUGGUGGAAACUGGGAAUGAGUUCUGUUUCUCAACAGACAUCUUUUUUUCUUUUAACUUUGGAUAUAUUGUGAGGGAGAAAUCAGCUUUUUUAUAACAAGGAGUGUAUCAAAUGGGAACAGAAAGAUUACAUUUUCAAAACUGGACUUAUAAGUAACUCUUACGAAGGUUAUUUAAUAAAAGUGUGUAUCUUAGGUUACUUUUGAGAUUUUGGUUAUUGGUAGAAAUUCUAAGUAAAGCCAGGGGAUACCUGGUUCAGAUUAUUUUAAUUUACUUUCUAAAAAACAUAAAGCGGGCAACUUUGAUGAUUUCAGUGAUAACAAAAGAAAUAUGAGUUUUUCUAAUAAGUAUCAGAUAUAAUAUUGAAAGUGCAGUACAACUGGUGUCUCUGAAAAAAGUUUCUUUGCUUUUUAAUACUGUGAAAACGCUGAUUUGCUGUAAAUUGUAAAUUGGGCUUCACUAAAUAAUGGUAAUAAUCCUCAUUAAUCCAGGAAAUAUUUAAAACUUUCUCAACAUUUAUGUCCCCAGUUUUUUUUAAACUUCAGGUAGGGUCUGUUUUGAGGAGAGAUAAACCCACCAAACCUUUACCGGAACACUUAUCUUUGACUCUUUUGUCAAACUGACCUUAACUGGUUUGAUUAGGAGGUCAAAUGUUCAUAGCUUUUAUGGGUCUCUUUCCCUAAUUGAUCUCAGUAACUUGUCUUUAUAAAAAUGAAUUCUCUCCUGAAGAGGAUUCAUAGUAGACUAGAAUGCAGAGGAGCCUUUUUGCUGCUGUUACAGCCCCAUGAGCCACUCUACUCUGGUUUUUUAUCUGCCAGCUGAUAGGAAAUUAAAGUUGGGAGUUCAUUUUGUCUUUUUUCAGUGUUGCCUCAUUUUUAUAAGUUAUCUUUAGAAAUCACUGUGGAAGAAAAGAUUAAUUCAAAUUUCAUGAUGUAUUACUAAAAACACAGAUGUUCAAUUGUUACUGUCUUAGGAUACUUUAUGAUUAAGUUAAAGUCGAACUUUGCCGUCAUUGAUCAACUCUCCCACUGGGAAGUGGAGCACUUGGCCCAUAGUGUAAUCCUGUAAAGUUUUUAACUACUCAUGAAACCAUUUAAUGGUAACUUAACUUCAUCAAAAGCUGUUAUAGAGCACUUAACACCUUUUUAGUUCUCAAAUGUUCAGGGUGUUUUGUUACUGUUUUGUUUUGGGAUUUUUCGGUUUUUUUGUUUUUAGACUUGAUUUAGCAGUUGGACACAGCACUGGCACUGUAAAAAAAAAAAAAAAGAAAGAAAAACCUCGGGCUUUUUGCAAGGUCCUUAUUUACUAUUAAAACGGUUUAAAUGCA